CCAUCCGGUAUCAGUUCAUCGUUAUCCAUCAUCUCAGCACAUUGUAGCUUGUCUCAAUAGUCCUCAUCCAUACAUAACACAGCAAAAUGGCUUGCAACAAGUUUGUCGGAUCUAUUGUUCUGAUGCUGGUCAUCGUGCUGGUUUUCAGCCAGUCAACCGAAGCCGGAUACCGGAAGCCGCCCUUCAACGGAAGCAUCUUUGGCAAACGAAACGGAAACUCCAUAGAGUACGAAGGAAACGCCAAGGUUCUAUCGGCCAUGUGUGAGAUAGCUGCCGAAGCUUGUCAGACGUGGUUCGCUCAGGAGCAAAAGUAACAACGAUACGGCCAUUAAAAUGUCCUUGGAUACUCGGCAUCUGCAUCUACAGUGUCGAAGGAUGAACUGAUGAAAUUUAUGCAGACCAACGAAUCGAGGUGACCAAUCUACUAAGCCAUGUCUAUGUGAAGUUUUGUGAAAUCAAAAUCUAAUCAAUUUAUUUGUAGCCCCCCAAAAAUGAAUGUGUAUAAUCUGUAAACAUCAUUUUUCUACGAUAAUAUACUGUAUAAUAGCACAAUUGCAGCAAACAGCCAUGAUUGGGAUGGAAAAGUGGACGAUUUACAAUGAUGCUACAAAAUAAAUAAAAAGUUUACUCCUACAAUAUGGAGCCAGAA